CUUUUAUAUACCUCUCUCUCCAACAUCUCCUCUCAAUUCUCUAUCUCGUUCUUCCCAUUUCAUUGCAGUUGUGACCAAACCUUUCGACUAUACACACCUCACUCACCUGCUAUCCAACUCCAGAGGCAACCCGUCGACCACACCAGAGCACUUAUCAAGUACCUCAUCAACAACACUCACGCCUUUUUUUUUUUCUUUGGGAGUUGCCCGUCUGUCAACCGGCAACAUCACUUCGAAAGCAAAGACACUCGUCGCACCCAAGACGCACAUACUCAGCAAUCACUAUGGACGCCUCCAACUCCACCCCCACAACUCAGCAGACCUCCUCCAUGGCUUCCAUUCAACGGUCGCCCGUAGCCGCCAAGAUCGUGCCGCCUCAACCUGCUCCCGCCAAGACCGGUAACUCGACGGAUGCCUUCCUCAAGGACUUCACACUGGUCGCCGAGGCCGCAAAGCGUGCCCAAAUGGCCGUGAUGAUGCGUGACUUUGAGGAUAUCGGUCUCUCAUAAAUUCUUCAUUUUGCGCGCACUGCAAGAACGCGCUUGUUCUGAGAAGGAUGAGGCAUCAAACGGUACUCGCGGUUUUUCUCCACUUUAGGGCAACAACAACUGAACCUCUGGGCUGAAUUUGGAGUUGUGGUUUGUGACACCGUUGGCGCUUUUUCUCCACAGUCACAGAGAGUAUGAAGAGGGACCGACAAAAACUAUUCCGUGAUCGAAGGAAUACAAGCGAUCCACAUGUUCAGCCAUUGCGGAAAAAUACUUUUCCACAACCAAGGUCUCACCACAACAACGCCAAAAAAAAAGGGGAACUAUUGCAAGUCAAGUCACGAGAAAAUCUCUGGGUAUCCAGAAGAGGCUUGUCUGCAAACAGAUGCACUCAGGAAGCACCGAGCACGCCACAUAGCCGACCACGACUUUGUGACUGAGGAAUCAGCACUCUGCUGCUAUGGCCAAAAGUGAACCAAGAGCGCAAGAAAACGGACAGCGUACUGGAAUCUUUGACUUUGCCACCACUCCUCUCCUCUACGCAACAGGAACAAGAAGAAGGAGAGGCUUCGCAGGAAGUCCUCCACACAUUGUCUUUCUUUACAUCAAUUUUGUCAGGGCGUUACUGGGGCAUUUCAUAUUCGAUUUUUUUGCUAUUUGGGACACAGGAGCAUCACGGAGUACAACGGGCACGGAUACGGAGAAGCAUACAAGCACAUACAAAUACCUUAUACACAAGAGAUGGACGGCGCAGAAGAUCUGGGGCGGACGGAUGCUGGUUUUUCCACAACGGACGGCGGGGUGACUAGGUAUCUCGCAGGAAGUGAGAAGGAGUUUUGUUACCAUAAGCAUUAUCGGCUGGAUAUAUCCUGUUUGCAAUUUCCACUCUUCUGUCUGCUUUUCUACCCACAACCAACUCAAAUGUGUCCAUUCCGUGGAUAGACAUCAGUCGAGAUAAUCACGUAUCAAUUGGGAUAUGGUUAGGUAAUAUCAUCAAGCGAGAAUAGUAACUGGAUCAUCAAACAUCAACCAC